CAAAUGGUUAGCAGCAGGUAGCUAGCGCUUCGUUACCAGCACAGUUUACAUACAGCAACCGAAGUGUUUUGAACUAUCCAGAGGGGAUUUAUUGGAUAAAUAAUUUCUCGUACGCGUAGAUGAAAACGUUAACGAAAUUUACGGUAUAUAGUUGUACAACUUUAGCGCAAGAUAAGUGCUUAUAUUGGACAUUUAACGUUAAUGUUAGUUAGCUAACUGUUUCUGUUAAACCUAGCUAACGUUAGCAACAAGUCUGGGACAGCAGCUACACUGUGUUUACCAGCCCGAGCUUAAUGUAAACUUUUUGUUUUGUUGCCAACGUGACACUACAGUAUUGCAAAUAAUGUGUAUGCGACAUUUAUAAAUUAAAAAAAUGUCACUGGAAGCUGUAUGUAAACUUUAAUGCAACUUGAACGAGCUUUCGCAAAGCUGGCCAGUCACAUGCACAUCUGUGCUUAUCUUCUGAUAACUGAGUAAAUGAAUGCUAACUGACUCAUCUGGAUGCCUACGCUACAGAGUAUGAUAAACACAAUGCCCUGACAGUGCGCUCCGUUUGUAGGAAUUAACGACUUUCAGUAAGUGAGUAGUGAGUUCAUCAGCUGUUCGCCAUGGCAAGUGCCUUAGCAGCGAAAAUGGGAUUUAACUCAUUGAUGAGAAAACAAGCCAGAAACUUCAACGUCAGGAUCUGCACGAUGGAGUCAGACAUGGAGUUCAGCUGCGAGUUCAAGUGGAAAGGAAAGGACCUUUUUGACUUGGUGUGCCGGACUCUGGGACUGAGGGAGACGUGGUUUUUCGGGCUCCAGUACAACGUUAAGGACACAGUUGCUUGGCUGAAAAUGGAAAAGAGGGUUCUGGAUCAGGAGAUACCGAAGGAGGAACCAAUCACCUUUCACUUCCUGGCCAAGUUUUACCCUGAAAAUGCAGAGGAGGAGCUGGUGCAAGAUAUAACACAGCAUCUCUUCUUCCUUCAGGUGAAGAAGAAGAUCCUUGAGGAGGAGAUUCACUGUCCACCUGAGGCCUCUGUGCUGCUGGCCUCCUACGCUGUUCAUGCCAAGUAUGGAGACUACGAUCCUAGUGUUCACAAACCUGGCUUCUUGGCUGAGGAGGAGCUGCUGCCAAAGAGGGUGAUUAACUUGUACCAGAUGACUGCAGAAAUGUGGGAGGAGAGAAUCACAGCGUGUUAUGCAGAGCACAGGGGCAGGACGAGGGAUGAAGCUGAGAUGGAGUAUUUAAAAAUAGCUCAGGACCUGGACAUGUAUGGCGUCAAUUACUUUUUAAUCAGGAAUAAAAAGGGAACAGAUCUUCUUCUGGGAGUGGACGCCCUGGGUCUGCACAUCUACGAGCCGGACAACAGGCUGACACCCAAGUGCUCCUUCCCUUGGAAUGAGAUCCGCAACAUCUCCUACAGCGACAAGGAGUUUACCAUCAAACCUCUGGACAAGAAAACCAAUGUUUUCAAGUUCAACUCUUCACGGCUGAGAGUCAACAAGUUGAUCCUCCAGUUGUGUAUAGGGAACCAUGACCUGUUUAUGCGCCGGCGCCGGGUGGACUCACUUGAGGUGCAGCAGAUGAAGUCUCAGGCCAGAGAGGAGAGGGCCAGAAAACAGGUAGAGAGGCAGCUUCUGCAAAGGGAGAAGCAGCUGCGUGAGGAGGCAGAGAGAGCCAGGGAUGAGCUGGAAAGGAGACUGAUUCAGCUGCAGGAUGAGGCUCACAUGGCUAAUGACGCAUUGCUGCGUUCAGAGCAGACGGCGGACCUGCUGGCUGAAAAGGCCCAGAUCGCGGAGGAGGAGGCUAAGCUGCUGGCCCAGAAAGCUGCUGAGGCCGAGACAGAGAUGCAACGCAUCAAAGUGACUGCCAUCCGUGGCCAGGAGGAACGGAGGCUCAUGGAGCAGAAGAUGCUGGAGGCAGAGAUGCUGGCCCUCAAGAUGGCCGACGAAUCGGAGAGGAGGGCCAAGGAGGCUGAGCAGCUGAAACAGGACCUGCAGGAAGCCAGGGAGUCAGAGCGCAGGGCAAAGCACAAGCUGCUGGAGAUUACCAGCAGGGCUGUCUAUGCGUCCCCAGGACUGGCACCUGACAGCAUGCCGCCCGACCUGAGCUUCAGCAGGGAGAACCUCAGCUUUGAUUUUAAAGAUACUGACAUGAAACGCCUCUCCAUGGAGAUUGAGAAAGAGAAAGUCGAGUACAUGGAGAAGAGCAAGCACCUGCAGGAGCAGCUGAAUGAGCUGAAGACAGAGAUUGAAAGUCUGAAGAUGAAGGAGAGGGAGACUCCUCUGGACAUCAUUCACAACCAGAACACUGAGCAGGGGACCAGCAAGCACAGCAACUUUAAAAAGCUUACACUACAGAGCACCAAGACCAGGGUGGCCUUCUUCGAGGAGCUCUAAACUAAAUAUCUGUAAAGGUGAGGAUGCACAACUGCCAAGAGCCUCACGACUCUACAUUCCUGGUCAGUUUAAAUGAUUGACCACACUGCAGGAGCUGAUGCUCCACUUCCUGGGAAACCACUAUGAAACACAAAGAAAUGACCACUGCCUUCAUCUGCACCAACUCCAGGGGCCUCAUGUGUACGCACAAACAAGGAUACAUGCAUAAUGUUGCUGCACUAAAUCCCCGAUUCAUGAAAAAUUGAGUGUGUGUUUACAGUAAGAGUGUGUGGAAUACAGCACAUUCUCCACAAAUACUUUGAAGUGAACUUUGGUGUGGGUUUUAUUAGAGUCAAAGAACAAAGGUAGACGGUUCCACUGUGGCUCUAAUGAGACAGUAUUUGUGGAGUUCAGGAUGAUUAUUAUAUCAUGUUUAAAUGGGAUGACCUACAUUAUUUGACUGCCGAGCUGUUUUGAAAUUCAAAUAGGAAUAAAACACUAAGGGAUGACGUUGAACGAGAGAAUGAAUUGAUUAUAUGGUUGAUAUGCUGUCCUUACCUUAAUAUCAAAUAUGUGAUAUCGAAUAGUUAUAGGCAGCAAAACACUGUGUUGUCCAGGACUGCCUUGUACUUGCCUUUUACAGAUUAUUUGAUUCAUAAUGGCAACGAAUUCCAGUAUGUAUUAUUUUUUUACUUAAAGGAAUACAAAACCACCUAAAUUAUCAUUUGUGUAUCAAUAAGUCACCCUGUGUUAUGUUGAAUUCAUGAAGAAAUGUUUUUCUUGCCUGCCCCAGGUGAACGAAGAAUCCAAAUACAAAUUCUCACAACUUGUGCAGAAUAAUUCAAGUCUCAUUUAUCAAGUUGUAUGCUUAGUACUUCCCAAACAGACAAACCUUUCUGUCUGUGAACUGAACAAAAAGUAAAACUUUUCAAUGCUCCGACAGACUCUGUUUACAAAAACAGUCUUUUUACUUCACUGAACACAGGAGCUGCUGGUCUACCACUGCCUCGAUCAGUUAGUCAGGUUAUGUUAAGCCCAGUUCAGACAAUUAAUUGCAAGAUGCCAUUCUGCAACGUUCUAAAAACCUGCUGGUUCACACCAAUGCGACUAGAUGAGAUGGUGUAUCAUCUCUAUGCAACAACUCUCUGUACUUCUGUUCUGAUUUCCAGCUUUUCAGGCUUAUUUUGUGGCUGAAUAUAAUUUGUAGCUUCUUAGAAUAUGAAUGAGGAUAGUUACUGGCUACUAGGGCUGAGCGACAUAAUGACAAUGCACAAUAUACAUAGAGGCAACAGCGUUUGUAUCGAUAAAGCGUCAGGUUGCGUUACAUAGAGCAUACCAGUGUGCAUCUGUCCUCUCAGCUCUGCCCCACUCACUCAUUCACAAGUUCUCCAGCAACACUCAGAGAGACACAAAGCUGCUCCUCUCUUUAAUUUGUCCGUUAAUUACAGUGCCACAUCGGUCUAUAUGUUGCACAUGCUACGCUAAAUCAGUCCGUGAGAUGAAUGAAAUGACCGCAGCACACGUGCAAUCCAGUGCUGCGCUACUAGUUUGUGUGUGAGGUGGAUCAUAGCAUGUCGCUGUUCUUCUAGGUAGUUGUUGUCUAAUGUGUGACAUGGAGACAGCGCCUGGAUGCAGGCGACAGAUUUGUUUGAAAAAAGCAGCCGCAACACAGACAUUUCAUAUACAAGACGUAUAUAACACGGACAAAGUGUCUCACUCCUUCCCUCCCUCGGCCUCUCUGUUGAUGCUCUGUGCAUAAAUAAGAUUAAUGGCCUACAUAAAUAGAAACAUUUAAAUCAUUUUCCAGCACUUGAUUCAUUUGAAAGGCCAACAGAUGGAAAACGACUUUUUAAUUCCCCCACAAAGAUUUUUAAUUGUUCCAAACUCCAGUGGAUUUAGACCUACCUGAUACUUUUAUAGUCAUGUUACAGGCAUGAACACAAACAGCUAGCAGCAGCAGCAGCUACCCAUCAUCUGACACCGACAACCCAUGAGGAUGGAAACAGAGGGAUUGGUGGGGACAGACAUAUAGACAUAUACCUUCUGUGGUCAUUUUAACUUGACCAGCAGUCUUCACUGCAAGCCGAUUGGCUGUAAAAACAGGUGACAUGCUUUAUGUUCUAAAACCAGCAACCAGAGAGAGAUUUGACCAGCUGAGUUGGAGGUGACAUCAUCAGCUGGCUUGAGUCGAGCUCAGACUCCACUGCAACUUUUCUCUGCAACGUUCUAAAACAGUUUUGUCUCGUCCCAAAUCUAUGGUCUGUCACACAGUAACACAAACUACUGAUUGUGAUACAGUUUUGCUGUUGUUAAACAUGAAACUAUAUGACUUCAAUUCAUUACGAAAUUGUCUCAGUGUUUGGAUUCUUCUUUCACUGCAGGCAUAGGAAUAACAACACAGGGUGAGUAAUUGAUGUACAAAUGGUCAUUUGGGGAUGACGUGCUUCUCCAAUACCUCCAUGCUGCCUUAAUUUGUUUGUUUCAAUGACAUGAUUAAAUAACAUAUUGAAUUUUAAAGCAGUAAAAAUGAGGCAUUUCUUUGCCAUGAUACAUUUAAACAGCCCUUAAUUACUAAUGGCUGGAGUCGAUGGGCUGUGCAGGAUAUUAAGCGUCUUCUCGACACAAAAAUCCACUUCUGUGAUUUAUAACAAGCAGUUUGUAUCGGUUGUGUUGUGUGAGCAGUGUUUUUUAAAUCUCUGAAUUUGUGUCCAUGUUUGUGGUUUUAUGCAACUUUUUUAUGGUGAAUGUAACAAAGUGUUGUACAUGAGGCUUUCGGACCUGCGUUUACAUCAUGUAUGCACACAGAAGUCAUGUUACAUAUCUGUUGCUGCCUCACAAGCAGGUGAUUAGGAAGUCCUUCUUACACAAGGCAGCGAGUGCACUACGCUCUGCUCUCGAAGGUGAAGAGAUGAUCGUUUGUAAUAGGCCGUUCUUAGAAUUCAAACUGGAUGAAGGAAAUGUGAUUCCUGGAUGUGAGCUUGUGUCACAUCCAUCUCUUUUUUUUUUUGUGAAGACAACCACUUUUUCGAAACAUGAAUUUGCAUCUAUUUUGAAUUAAUGUGUCGUUUUGAAUUAAUGUGCUCUUUCCCUCUGAAAGCAAUUUAUUUUGGGGGGAAUUAUAAUGUGAAGAAAAUAUAUAUUUUUUUCUUCUUGUCUGCAUUUAACAAGGAUAGUACGCAGUAUUUAAAAUGAAACUUUGGGUGAAGUUACAGUACCUUUUACUACUAAAUGUACAUUUCGACAGAAACAUUGUACCAGAUAUGUUCAGCAUGUAAAAUAAAAUGAAU